ACGUCUACGCUGUUAAUAACAGUUUAGAAAAAUGUUAAAUCUGUCGAUGCCAAAAUCAUAUGGGUUUUGUUAUAAAAAGUCAAAGAUAAAUUAAAAUGUAUUUAACAUUGCUAAAUGGCACCGGAUAUGUUUUCGAUGUGAACGAUUAUAUGGAACUACGCACGAAAUACCGCAUAAUGGGAGCUCUUGUGGGCACGGCCAACACCAAAGGAUGGAGCUCGAGUGAAGCAGCCCUUCCCUUGGAGCUGACUAAAUACGAGACGCAGUUGCUCGUAGAUGAAGGCUUUGCCGUUCUGGUCAGCAAAGCCGAAGCUUUAACGAAGCUUCCAACUCAAGAUAUGUUGCAGGCCUAUCAAAGGGACUUUGAGUCGCGUUUAAUGUCACAGAGAGAUGCCUUAAAGACGGAAAAGCUGCGCGAAACCAGACGCCAUGUGGACAAAAUUAUAAUCGGCAAGCGCAACAAGUUGAUAAAGCAAGGAAAACCCGAUGAGGCUGCCGCCCUAACGGCAAAAGAUGUGCUCCAUGAAGUUGCCAACAAUUUUGAAUUUGAUCGCCAGAACGCCCUCGUGGAGCUGCCUUGCUCACAUAUGGAAUAUCACUCCUCGCAGCUCUGCACUACUCCAGUUUACGAUACCAGCUCGCUUAAAUAUCGGGUUUUUCAUGAUCUUUGGAAGCGUGGCAAGUUUGUCACGUGUGGCGAUGCGUUUGGUGCCGACUUCUUGGUCUAUCCCGGCGAUCCGUUGCUCUAUCACGCCUCACACAUUGUCAUCAUACAACCAACGCUUGUUAUACGUCCCCUGGAGCUGAUUGCCAAGGUGCGAUUGUCGGUUAUUGUCAACAAGAACUGCGUGUUUGCCUAUGAGGAAUCUACUGGCAAUACAAUUGGUUACCAGACCGUUGCCUGGUGCAAUCCGAGCAAGUAG